ACCCCCUUCACAUCAUUCUCUCCUCUUUGUGCUGUACAAUCUCCAAAAAUUUCUCUCUUCCAAACUACUGAAUCAAAUAUGGCUACUGAACUUCUUAGUCCUCUUGUGGAUGUCACAAUAUCUAAGGUGAUUUUAGUUACUACUGAGCAACUCAACUUAGCAGUGCGAUUCAAGCAGGACCUUAGACAGUUCCGUGUGGUGCUGAGCAUGGUAAGGGGCGUGCUGCAAGAUGCAGAACAGAAGAAGGUGACAGGUCACUCUGAUUUGCAGUCUUGGCUUAAGGAGCUUGGUAAUAUAGUUGAUGAAGCUGAUAAUGUGGUAGAUGAGAUUGCAUAUGAACAUCUAAGGUACACGGUGGUUCAAAAACAAAUGUGGAAAAAGGUCAACUAUUUCUUUACUCUUUCCAAUCCUUUAGCUUUUCGCCUUAAAAUAGCUAGCAGGAUUAAGGAUUUGAACUUAGAUCUAGCUAGCCUUAAUGAUUCGGCCACUGGAUUAGGGCUUCAACAUAGACUUGCAAACAUGCUUCCUGAACAUUUCGAAGUCCAACAGACAGAUUCCUCAAUUGGUGAUCCAUCAAAAAUUGUAGGAAGGGAAAACAAGGUCCUAGAAGUCAUUCAAUCAUUGAUUGACUCAAGUAAUGAUCAAACUCUUCGUAUUGUAUCCAUAGUGGAGAUGUUGCAAGCUUUUGGUGAAAAUGUCUUUGUGGAUGUAACUCUAGAUAUUUUAGUUCAAAAACUAGAAGAAAAUUUGAAGGAGAAAAAUUAUCUUCUCAUAUUAGAUGAUGUAUGGAAUGAAGACAAGCAAAAAUGGGAAUCCUUAAGCAGCUGUUCAUUGGGUAUAGGCAAAAAUGUUGGGAGUAGGGUUCUUGUUACAACUCGGAGUGAAAAUGUAGCCUUCACAAUGGGAACACUUUCUGAGCACAUGCAUCAUCUCGAGACACUAACAAUGGAGGAUUGUUGGUCCAUAAUCAAGCAGAGAGCAUUUGUCAGUUCAUCAUUCCCUUCAGAAUUGGAGGGGAUUGGAAGGGAUAUUGCUAGCAAAUGUGGAGGUGUAGCAUUGGUUGCAAAUGUUAUAGGGGGGAGUUUGUGCAAUAAUAGAAAGAAGGAUAACUGGUUAUCAAUUAAAGAUAAUAGCCAAGUAUGGGGUUCAAUGGAAGAAGCUAAUGGAGUUUUUUGCAAGUAUUGCAAUUUUGUCAUGGAAAAGGAGAUGUUAAUCCAGCUCUGGAUGGCUGAAGGAUUUCUUCAGCCAUUUAGUGAAAGAUACUUGGAGGUGGAGGAUAUUGAUGAUAUGUAUUUCAAUGCAUUGUCAUCAUAUUCUUUAUUUCAAGAUGUUGAAAGAGAUUCUUAUGGGAGCAUUAUUGCUAGCAAAAUGCAUGAUUUAGUUCAUGAUCUUGCACAAUCUAUUUCAAAGCCCCAAAGUUUGAUUUUGGAAGAUGGUAGUGGGAGAAAUAUUCCUGUAGACAUUCGACAUUUGAAUGUCAUUUCUAAUAUGGAUAUGACAACAACACAAUUAGGGGAAGCUACAAAAAAAUUGCACACUUUGUUUUCACAGCAUUUAAGGUUCUUGGAUGUUUUAGAAACUAGAAUCAAAGAACUUCCCAAAUUCAUCUCCAAGUUCUAUCAUUUGCAGACAUUUAGAUUUAUGGAUUGCUGGGAAAUCAAAAGGCCUUUGAAAGGAAUAUGGGACUUAGUCAAUUUGAGGCACAUUUAUUUCAAUAAGUGGAAGCUUAUGCCAGUAGGGAUUGGUAGACUAACUUCUCUGAAAACAUUACAAUUAUUUGUAGUAGGACAACAGAAGGGACAUCGGAUUGAAGAAUUGAGAUGUUUAAGUCAACUCAGGGGAAAAUUAGAGAUUCGUAAUUUGGACAUGGUUAAAGACAAAACUGAUGCCAUGGAAGCAAGACUUUCUGAAAAGCCUACAAUUCAGGAGUUGCAAUUAGUGUUUGGUCAAGAAUCGAAUGGUAGUGCAAAUAGAUGCAAACAUGAUGAAGAUAUCUUGGAAGGCCUCCAACCUCAUUCAAAUUUGAAAGGCCUAAUUAUUGAAUACUAUUGUGGUGAGAGGUGUCCUUCAUGGAUGUCUGAAAGAGUUAAUUUUCUCAAAAGUCUGGUAUUCAUGACCUUUUGUGAAUGUCCCCGGCUGAAAAGCAUUGUAGAUUCGUCCCUUGCAUGUGAUGAAGUAGUUAGGGUAGAGGUUGGACCAUUUUCCAUGGAGUCUCUCAAAAAAGUACAUAUAAAGAGAUGUGGUAAAUUGGAAAAUCUUCCAAUGAUUAGUAAAUUACAAUCCCUUGAGAUACUCGAAAUUUGGUAUUGCAAGCAAUUGAGGAUGAUUGGGGACGACGCUGUAUUUGCCUCCACGUGUCUAAAAGAGUUAAAUAUUUCUGAUUGUGAGAGGCUGAUGUUCAUGCCCAGUGUAGAGGGGCUUUCCUUUCUUCAAAAAAUUUAUAUAUGCAGGUGUGGGGAAUUGAAAAGCAUAGGGGAGAGUUUAUCUGCCGCCACGUGUCUCAAAGAGUUCACUAUAAAUCGCUGUAAUGCUUUGACGUCCCUCCCGAGCCUCCAUGCGCAUUCCUCUCUUCAGACUUUAUCUAUAGAGGAUUGUUAUGGAUUAAGAAGUUUGCCAAGCCUCCAUGGGCUUUCCUUUCUUCAGACUUUGUUGAUAAGGGAUUGUAGUGGAUUAAUAAGUUUGCCAACCCUCCACGGGCUUUCCUUUCUUCAGACUUUAUCGAUAAGGGAUUGUGGUGGAUUAAGAGGUUUGCCAAGUGGGCUGCCAUCAUGCACUGCUCUUGAGGAAUUGGCUAUCGCCAACUGUCAGAAUCUAAUCACUAUUCCAGAUGAUUUAAGGAGUAGCUGGAGCAUCCCUAACCUUGCCUGCCUUACUCACUUAAAGAAGCUGACUAUUGGUGGUUUCUCAAUAGAGCUCCAGGAAUUCCCAGAGUUGAGCUUCAUCGGAUCCUCUCUUGAAGAAUUGACUUUGUUUGCAUGGGGAAAAUCAGGAGAACAUCUGCUGGAUCAAAUUCAACACCUAACUGCCCUUAGGUAUCUCAAAAUAAGGGAUUUUGAUGGACUGGAAGCUUUGCCAAACUGGUUUAGAAACUUAUGCUCUCUUCAAACUCUAUCAAUUUCUAAUUGCAAAUCUCUGAAACAUAUGGAAGCCAUUCGAUGCCUCUCCAAAUUAGAAGGGCCUUAUAUUGAUGAAUGCCCUGAGUUAAAGGAAAGAUGCGCCAGAGGAAGUGGUUCUGAGUGGGACUAUAUCUCUCACGUUCAAAAUAUUGUAAUAGAUGCUAGUUGGAUCCAACACAAAGGAAAUCUUGUCGAGAAACUAAUAAAACAGAAAGUAAAACGAGGUUCCAACAUUGAAGGCAGGCAUCAUGGCUUGGUAGCCCAACCCAGACCAAGGGCUUCAAUGCUGAUUUUGAGGCCUUUGGUCUUCAAAUUAACCUACAAGCAAUCAGUCUCUAAGACCCUUCUUUCAGUCUAGGAGCAGAAGUGAUGUUGGUGACACCUUGCUGAAAAGCCAAAGAGCUAAGCACCAUAAUCAUCUCAAAAACCAUGGAGACCUUUUGAUUUUUAUAAGAUCCAUACAUGAAUUCAGGUAAGCUAUGUUUUCUUUGUAAACAUUUCUUUCAAAAUUUGACCGCAUCUCUAUAUGAUCUGAUGCAUUCUUGAUUUAAAAUUUUGUGAGCUUUUGUUUUCUCAUUGUUUUUCACCUUUUUUUUUUUUUCUUGUAAUGUUAUACUUCGGUUUUUGAAGUAUAUUAUUUUAUCAAUCAAAUGACUGGUGUUUGACAACUUAUAAUUUUCAUUUGGUUCUAACUAUUAAGUUUCUUCAUUACAUUCCUAUGAUUCAGCUCCAGAUCACUUCACAUUUCUUAAUAUAUACAGUUGCAAACUUGUCAUUAUAAUAGAUUUUGAAUUAAAGUUUUUGAAGAAUCUGUGACUAGGGGGGAUUCACACUAUGGAGACUGAAAUGGAAAACAGGUCAGUGUAAUUAACUUGACUUUUCUCUUCAUUUAAAGCAUUGGUUUUUCAUUAAUUUUCUAGAAUGAUGUUUGUGGUUAUGAUCUAGAUUGUCUGUUGUUUUAAUUUGUCCAGAUGAAUGCAAAACAUGGAUUGGAGUUCUGUUAGGUGUUAUGUAUCGAUAGGGUUUGAUUCCUGUAUUUGUAGCCCAUUCAUUGGCCUUGAAACACCUAAUAAAUAUGAUUAUCGAAC